AUGCCGUCUACAACACCUUCGCGUCCUGAGUUGGGUCGACGACAACUGCGAAGCCGCCAGGCGUGGGGAGGCACAGCCGUGGCAACAACCGAGUCGCAGCCAAAAUCUGACAAAAACCCAACUGCAGGCAACACACGCGAGAUCUACGGCGUUGAGAAAAGUCUAGAGCUCGAUGCCGAUUCUAUCGUAGCAGGCGAGUCCGUUUCUCAGGCAAGAACAUCUCGUGCCUUGAAGCGGAAGGAGUCGCCUUUGGAGGUCGACGGCGAAGCCGCUAUGGCCGACUCGAGACGGAAUCCUAAGCGGAAGGCGACCGAAGCCGCAACCGCCGCUGUCGCUUCUCGGGAGGCAAGGGACUACAAGAUGCUACUCCGUGAAGCUUUGGCACCCAUAGCCACGGAUGAACUUCAGGAGUGGGAAGGCUGGUGUGAGGUGGAGUCUGAACCGGCUUUCUUUAACGCCAUGCUCCGAGAAAUGGGCGUCAAGGAUGUGAAGGUUCAGGAAGUAUUCUCGGUCGACGAGGACUAUGUUGCGACUCUUCCUCAACCCGUUUACGGUUUCAUCUUUCUCUACCAGUACUUUUCCGAGAACUACGAGGACGAUGAGGUCGUCGAUGGGCGGGAUAUAUGGUUCGCGAACCAAACCACAGACAAUGCCUGCGCAACCGUCGCAAUGACGAACAUUCUCAUGAACUGCGAGGGCGUCGAUCUCGGUACAAAUCUUCAAGCGUUCAAGGAUUCAACGAGCAACCUCAGCACUCCACUUCGUGGCCACGCCCUGAGUUCAAACACAUUCAUCCGCUCUGUCCACAAUUCCUUCACCAGGCGAAUGGAUCACUUGAACGCGGACCUGUUCCUUGAGACCGAAGCCGCCGACUCGAAGAAGAAAAAGCGUAGAGGACCGUCCAAGAAGACCAAGAGGGCCAAGAAGCAAAAGAUUGACUCGGAGUCGGGCUACCACUUCAUCGCUUACGUACCAGCUAAUGGCUCGGUAUGGGAGUUGGAUGGCCUCAAGACGAGACCCGUUUGCCUUGGCCCCCUUGAAGACGGCGUCCAUUGGGCCAACCUCGUCCGUCCCGAGAUUCAGGCGCGCAUGCUCCAGUUCGAAGAGAGUGCCCUGUCGUUCAACCUGCUCGCCCUGUGCAAGAGCCCCCUGACCAUCGUCUCUGAGAGCCUUGCGCGCACGAUUCGUUCGUUUGAGCUUCUUGGCAACCGCACUGAAAAUCUUAACAGCUGGAAACGUCUAGUAGCAGGCAAUGAGCAACCUCUGAAACCUGGCGAGACAGGGCGCCUCGCCGGCUUCGGCAUUGACUUGAAAAGGGCGGGAGCUGAUCCAGCCUUCGAGAAGAAGGUCAACAAUCCGUCCAUGGAGGCUAUGGAGCUCUUCGAACUUUACAGCGACUUGGUGACAGAACAGAAAUCACUGAUAGGGGAGUAUAACGCGGAGAUCGCCCUCAUGAAGGAAGACGAAGACCGCGUCCAGGGACGUCAGAAGGACCACUCUCCCGCCAUCAACUGCUGGGUGCAGAAACUAGCCGAUCACGGUGUGCUCGCUGACUGGGCUAUUGAUGUGUAG